GGCUUUACAUUUUCAGCUGUCAGAUGAGCGCCCCGGUUUCGAACAUCGGUCGGACGCGGUCGGAAUCAUCUCGGUGGCCAGGGGCCAGGGAGAGAAGUUCCUAGAUAUGACGAGCAUUCCAGACGAGCCCAACCAGCUCACCCUGGAUCCAGGCGCAGAGCUCCGAGACGUCAUCGAUUCGAUCGAGUCGAAGAUGAAGAUCACUGGGGG